CUAAUUCUAGUUGAACAUGAAAAGUAGCUCUAUAAGAGGACGCAAAAAGUACAACUACAAAACCUCAGAUGUGCCGGCUCGUUUGCCAAUUUACAAUGGAAAGCGUCUUGUAUUUAUUGGCGAACUUGUGAAUACUGCCGAUUCUUUUGUGGGAUCAAAGGUGGUUCCCGAGUUUGGAUACCUACUGGAUCUCUAUGGCUCGUUCGGAUAUUUCUCAUCAAUCGAUGAAUCUAAAACAGUCACACUUUCAUUGUCUUCAAUGCCAAAGAAUCUUUUGAAUGCCAACGAGCUCGUGAUGUUAUCAAAGAAGAGUGAAUUUUUCUCCGCUUAUGAAGAUUUCGUGCCUUGUUUGUCUGAAAAGACAAGUGGCGAAAAAAAUCACGAGAGAAAAAGAUUCUGCAAAUGUAAAAACAAGAAUGCAGAGACAAUCGACAUAGAUGAAAAAGACCAUGAUGAUGCUGGCUAUCCGAAUGAGGAAGCUAUUUACGUAGAGAGUUCGGCAGACUUCGCUGAUAUCGAUAAGUUUCUGAGACGACGGAUGGACGACUUCCCCGACAUCGCUCAGCCGAAGACAAGCUCGAAUGACCACAUUUCGGGCAAUACUACUCUCAAAGUCCAGAGAACCAAAGAAUUCGUGUGUUUGACAUCUCUGGAAACCUUCUUUCUGGCUCAGUUGGGAUUCCUGGAACUCCAGUUAUCCGUUGAAGAAUUGUAUCGAACGUUAAGCGAGCGGCAGUGCUGUUUUGCUUUUCUGCUUACUGCAUUUUACUACUAUCGCGCGAAAGGUUGGAUAGUUCGGCCAGGUCAGAGUUUUGGAUGUGACUUUCUACUCUACAAAGACGGGCCUUCUUAUACGCACUCUGCUUACGGAGUUAUUGUUCAGUGCAAAUCAAAUGGACCUCAAAACGACCACGAUAAGACUAAAUUGUGCAAUUUUUGUGUUCAGAAAAAAUCAAACUGCGAUGCCAGCCUCGAAUAUAAUUCUUGGAAAAGAUGCUUAAUUGAUUACACCUACAAACUGAAGGAUAUAUCUGCUACAUGUAGAGUGUUGAAUGUUACCAACAAGGAUCUGAUUCUGUGUAAAGUAACUGCUUUGACUGAUAAUAGACCUAAGUUUAACCUGGAUCAGUUUGACGUAUGUGAAGUAUCAUUGGCACGCUGGGUACCGAAGUAGUUUAUAUGAGAUUAAAGUUCAUUAUUUCUCUGUUUUGUUGUUUCUGUGGAAGAUUUACUCACAGAAUAUUUGAAGAAAUUAACGAGUUGGUUUUCC